AGCAAAGUACACGUAUAGCGCGCACACAGUUUGCGCGUUCACGUAAACGACCCUGACCAACUUCCAGCGGUGAAUCGGCGGUGAAGUUUGUAGAGGAAAAGCCCACACGUGGUCCGUAGUGUUUGAGGGACUUUGGAGCAUUGAGUGACACUGGUCGAAGCGGGCACUCAGUCAGCAUGGACGACCUGGAUGCGUUAUUGGCUGACCUGGAAUCGACCACGUCCCACAUUUCAAAGAGACCAAUGUUUUUGCCAGAUGAGACACCCCACUCCAUCCCCACUAGUGGGAAUUAUAACCAGGAUCAAUCAGUUCCACCUCCAGUCCCUCCGCCGCCCACAGCUGAAGCGCUGAAUGGUUCGCUGCAAGACCACUCCGAUCAUUCCUCUCAGCAGUCUUUAGGUUCAGUCCAGAAGAACGCAUGGUCGAGGGACAGUAGCAGCCCUCCGUCUCAUAUUGAAGAAGACCACGUCUACAGCUUUCCAAACAAACAAAAAUCAUCCGACUCAUCAACAGCAGCCAUGACCUCCGCCCUGGGCAGCAACUUGUCGGAACUUGACAGACUGCUUCUGGAGCUUAAUGCGGUUCAGCAGAGCUCCCCUUCAUUCCCCACUACAGAAGAGAGGGCCCCACCGCUACCAUCCACCAGCAUCACCCACUAUGAAAAUGGCAAUGCCCCUGACAUCAGAGUUAGCCCUCCACCUCAGGAGGAGCCCAAGAGGAAUGGAACAAGGCAGGAUGAGCUCCGGCCCACAGUGGAGAGUCUUUUGGAUGAGCUGGAGGGUUCAGUGCCUUCGACCAGCCCAUCCCCUCGCCACAGUGAUAUGGACAGCCCCUCUCAACAGCAGACACGGAUUUCAGCCUCAUGUGCCACACGAGAGUUAGAUGAACUGAUGGCCUCUUUGUCUGACUUCAAGCCCAGCUCCUCUUCCACCCCUCCUCAUCCUCCAGUCUCUACCUUCAUCACCCCAGUGGCUUCUCCUUUCCUCAGUCUGUCCCACUCAUCUGCCUGUGCCUCUCCUCUGUUCUCUUUGCCUGCUGGUCUCGAACUACAUAUAGAUGAGGAUGGAGUCGACCGUGGCUCCUCAGCGGCCUCUUUGAAUCGUCUCGCUUGUCACAGUCCUAUAUCGUCCCUUUCUGCAGCCAGUGAUCUCGACUCUGUCGCAGAUGUGUUUGCCGCUGUUCCCCCAUCGGCAAACAAUUCAUUGCUCGUCCUCACUACUUCCGUUAGAAACAACCAGCAGAGAAACAGUUCAAGUCCGUCCACUACUCCCUCAACGACUUCAGUAAACACAGUCUUAGACAAGACUUCAAAAUCACCUAGCCUAUCGGUGGAGCGUUUUUCACCCCCUGCAGCUGCUUUGAAACCAUCUUGUUCGUCUGAUGAGAGGAUCAGUGGCUCCUUUGCCACCCAUGAUCCUCAUAUGAAUCUCUCCGUCUCGCCCCUUCAGUCCCUCACCCCACCCUUAUCUGUGCCAAAGACGCCUUCACCUCUCCCUUGUAUGACUUCUGUGUCUCCGCCCCGAAUCAGUAACUCCUUCAAAACCUCCUCCCCGGUCUCUCCGGCCAACAUUCCCUCACCAAUAACUUUACCGAGCUCUUCAAUGGCUAGUGUACAUCAGAUGCAGCCAGAACCCCCAGCCAAGAAUACCAGCCCCCUCACUCUGCAUCAGCUCCCUGUCGAAGAACCCUCCCUGGAUGAAGCACUCGACAAACUGCUAGAGAUGAGUUUUUCUCAAAGUGACUCGGCGGCCGAGGUGGAGGAUCUGCAGCUCCGCAUGGAGGCGCCCGGUCUUUGCAGAGGAGCCCCCGAGAUGCAGGAGGAGCUCAUCCUGCCCAUGGACAGAACCAGUAUGCAGCCUGACAUGUUCACUUCCAGCGCCAACACCAUCACAGACGAAUCUGUGGACGGAGGUACCGACACCAACGGAGAUUUGGACUGGGCUGAUGAGGAACUGUCCAUGUCUUUCCACGACGGACUGGAUGGCACCAUGACGCCGUACACUGAAAGGCUGUACACAGAUGGCAGUGUGACUCCACUGACGGAAGCCAGCUGGAUGGACGAUUCCAUGACACCGUCCACAUGCCCCGGGUCUCCAGACAUUGCCCUGGACCUACCUUUGUUGCAGCCGCCCAAUAUGGACAGAGUUUCUGCCUCGGGACAUAUCAAAUCUGUGAUAAGGCGCACUAAGGAGACCCCCAAUGUGCACCCUAUGUAUCGAGACGGUGUCCUGCGCAGGAAAACGGGUCCCAUCAUCGUCAACAAGAAUUCUACCCAGGACCGCCUCAUAGAGGAGCUCCAGGGCAAGUUUGGUAUCAGCCGCUCUGAGCGUCGCCGUAAACAGCCAGAUGAUUGGCUGACGGACGGUGUCAUUGUCACGUCCAAGCCUCAACGCUUCCGUCCUGAUGGAGCGGUCGGCGAGGUGGACAAGUUUGUCAUUGUCCCCGGGUCACCUGUUGCUGUGAAACAGGUUCUCCCGCCUCAGUCACCUCCUGCUCCUCGUCAUCCUCCUAUCGUAGAAAAAACGAAGCGAAUGCCCCCCGUGCAGCAGACUCCUGCUCCUUUACCACCACCCCCUCCACCGCCCUGUCCCCCUCCUCACCCUCCUCACAGCCAAGAGCAAGUCAAAGUUCCACUUCAGCACAUCAUAACGGCUUCACCAGCACCACAGCCACCAGCACCCAUUCAGGACCCACCUGCCCCCACACUAGAGCCCCCUCUGUCUAUUCAUAAAAGCCCAACCCAGCUUACAUCACUGGAAAGUGUUCCGCCAGUUGCACCCAAGGUCCUGGUAUCUGUAGGCUGCCAAACUGACUAUGACCCUCUCUUCUCCUCGGUGCAGAUGGCUCAAGGGAAAGGGGGUGCUCCCGGCGGUCCACAGACGCAGGUGAACAAGCUGGACAACAUGCUCGGGAGCCUGCAGUCGGACCUCAACAAACUGGGUGUGCAAACUGUGGCGAAAGGAGUUUGCGGCGCCUGCUUCAAGCCAAUCGUUGGACAGUUGGUGACUGCCAUGGGCCGCACAUGGCAUCCUGAACACUUUGUGUGCACGCACUGUCAAGAGGAGAUCGGCUCCAGAAACUUUUUUGAGCGGGAAGGGCAGCCUUACUGCGAGAGAGACUACCAUAACCUGUUUUCUCCUCGAUGCCACUACUGCAACGGGCCCAUACUAAAUCAAGUUGUAACUGCGCUGGAUCGAACAUGGCACCCUGAACACUUCUUCUGUGCUCAGUGUGGAUGCUUCUUCGACCCAGACGGGUUUCACGAAAAGGAUGGCAAGGCUUACUGCAGGAAGGAUUACUUUGACAUGUUUGCACCAAAGUGUGGUGGCUGUGCUCGAGCCAUUGUGGAGAACUACAUCUCAGCACUCAAUUCGCUUUGGCACCCGGAGUGUUUUGUUUGCAGGGAGUGUUUCACGCCAUUUGUCAAUGGAAGUUUCUUUGAGCAUGAUGGCCAACCCUACUGCGAAGUCCACUACCACGAGCGCCGUGGGUCCCUGUGCUCCGGCUGCCAGAAGCCCAUCACGGGUCGCUGUAUCACAGCCAUGUCCAAGAAGUUCCACCCGGAACACUUCGUCUGUGCCUUCUGCCUCAAGCAACUCAACAAGGGCACCUUUAAAGAACAGAACGACAAACCCUACUGCCACGGCUGCUUUGUGAAGCUCUUUAGUUAAAGAGAGAGGCAUCUACAGUACUUGUGGUACUGCUGACAAGAGUGACCAGAGCAGCUAAGUUAUAAAUACAGUGUAAAUCUAAGGGUGUAUGUAACCUUUUGAAAGUGUGUUUUAAUUGCAUAACAUGCUUAGGCUAAACUACAUUCACCCUGCUUUGGAUUGAGUGUGUGUGUGUAAACUGUGGUAGAUUUACCCGACAUUUGUGAACAAUGGAAAUCAAGGGUGAAAUAACAGUUGUGUGUUUUGACUGAUGACUUCAGCUUUAUAGCUAUUUUGUUUUCUUUCUAUUAUAUUUUCUAGUUUAUUUACUUAUCAGGUUGACAGUAAAAGACAGAGGACUGAAAAAAAAUCAUAAAAAUGUGGAUUUUUAACAUUCUCGCUGGUUGAGUAUGUCCUUUUUAGGAUUAAAAAAAGUUACAAUCAUAGCAGGGAGCAGCUGACUUGCUAUUGUGUGAUUACACUUUAACUCAGUGGUCCCCAACCUUUUUUGUGUCACGGACUGGUUGAGACGAGUGCAUGCUGUUCGCGGACCGGCAUCCAUAUUUUUUUUUCCAUCGCAUUUUAUUUGCCAGUUUUAAAGCACUGUUACUAAUAACAAUGAUAAUUGUAGAGUAAUUCAACAUUUUAUUAACAUUCAUUCAUUUCAAACAGUGUUAUUCUACUGCACAACUAAUGUAGAAUGAAGCAAAAUAACAGUGAACUAUUAAAUGGACCAAAUAGGAAUAAUAAAUACGCCUUAUCAUGUAAACAAUCAUUUUUAAAGUCACGAUCCUUUGCUCCUUAAAAAAGAUGACACGAUUGUUUGCAGGUUCCAUCCGGUGGCUGCUGGCUAGUUAUUAGUGACUAAACCGCUAAUGUUUAGGUGGGCAGGUUGUUCAAACUCCACUUGAAGUUUUGAUACUUGCUCAAAUGAUUCAACAGGUUUCUUGUAUUGCCUUGUUUUGUUUGUUUGUUUGCUUUUGGAAGACAUAGCACGCAGAACAGCUUACUCCUCCACGUCGCCCUGGCGAUAUCGCCAGGGGAGGAACUUCUCUUGUCAAAGUGGCUUCGUUUUCUGAAGUCAUGGCUGCCCAUCAGCUACGCGUUUAGAUAUACGUUUGCUCAAUUUGUUCCUGUUACGUUCUGUUUACGGGCGGCCCGGUGGUCCAGUGGUUAGCGUGUCUACCUCACAGUGCAGUGUGGAGUUUGCAUGUUCUCCCCGGGCCUGCGUGGGUUUUCUCUGGGUACUCCGGUUUCCUCCCAAAUUCCAAAAACAUGCAGGGCAGGCUGAUUGAACACUCUAAAUUGUCCCCAUGUGUGAGUGUGAGUGCGGCUAUGUCCCCCGCCUACUACCCGAAGACGGCUGCAUAGGCUCCAGCACGCCCCUUGACCCUCCUGAGGAUAAAGCGGAUCAGAAAAUGGAUGGAUGGAUGGAUGUUCUUCUUUAAUUUAUUGGCAGAUUCUGUUGAUUUCGACUUUCAAACCAAUGUUAGAAGGGGCACUUCGAUUGGCUAGAGUGGCGCACAUUCACGCCAUGUCUGAUGGAGUAAAUUUGCUCACAGCUUGCAGGUCUGUCUCUGUGUGGCCCGGUACCAAGCUGCGAACCGGUGGUUGGGGACCGCUGCUUUAACUAAUUUUCAGCCAGUUGGUAAUGUUGAGAUGUUUUCAUGUUUUAUUGUGCCAUGUUUAAUAAAGCAAUGGCAUUAAUGUAAAUGAAGCAUCAACUGGAAGUUGGUCGAGUGAGAAAUUGAUUAUUUCGUCGUAUGUGAAGAUGCUUUGUCUUUUCACUCUGGAUUUAUUCAAUCAGCCACACGUUUUAGGUUUGAAUUGUUUAUCACAACAUGUUGGGAAAAAAUAAAUUUGAUGUACAGUACACAAGUCAGAUAUUCUUAAGAGUAACGAUGUGUUUCAAGAAUUGAUCAUCUGGAUAUUUUUUGUCAUUGAAUAAUUCCAGUUCAGUGUAAUUGUUCAACAGUUAAUGGUGCGAAGGGAAAGCACACACUUGCGAAAUCUUGUAUUUUGAAAAUUUUCAUUACCAAAUCAUUCCUUGUUUUCACUCAUGAAAAUGAACGUUCACGUACACCAUUCAUGCAGCUAAAGUGGACAUUUUCACACGCAUUGCAGGUUGUAGUGAUUCCUAGCAUCUCCAUGCUAUUACUGUAAAAGAAUGAAUCAAACAUGUAUUUUGUAAACCUUUAAUUUUACGAGAGGCACUGGGAUGCUUACCAAGAGUAUUUUUUGAUUAUUACUCCCUACACAACGAUGCUGACUAUUGGGACAGUGAUGCUGGACUACUGUUGUUACAAUGACAGAAUUGUUGGUCAAUAAAGGACGUUCUGUGGCAUUUGAUUAUCAAA